CAUAUCGGUAAAGCAUAAACAAAAUGUGGAAAAUAAAUAAAUAUGGCAAGAAGAUAGUACUGUUUACGUUAGUGAUAAUGAACUUUGUUGACCAGCCGGCACCAGAAGUGAUAAUAGUGCAAGGGAUUCUGAGUGGUAAAAUAAGUGCAGAUGGAACUACUUUCGAAUACGUUGGUAUUCCUUAUGCGACGUCAAAUAGCAGCACGAGGUUUCAAGCACCUGGACCACCGCCGUCAUGGGAAGGAGUUUACAGAGCAGUCGAUGAAAUAUAUGGAUGUCCGCAAAACACUUUCUUCGGAGUUAUAGGCUCGGAAGAUUGUUUGAAAAUAAACGUGUACGUACCCGCGAUACCAAAAUCAAAACCACAUGCCGUUAUGGCUUAUAUUCAUGGAGGUUCAUUUAUUUUAGGAAAUGGAGGUAAGCUUAUCUAUGGCCCAGGUUACCUUGUGAGAAAAGACGUCAUCGUAGUGACAUUUAAUUAUAGACUCGGACCUCUUGGUUUCCUCUGCCUAAGAAUAAAAGAAGCACCAGGCAAUGCUGGAUUAAAAGAUCAAAUAGCGGCAUUGAAAUGGAUUCAGAAAAAUAUUGCGGCAUUUGGAGGCGAUCCUGAUAAAGUAACGGUGUUUGGUGAAAGUGCCGGAGCUACAUCAGUUUCGCUGCUAUUAGCUAGCGAAGCUUCCACUGGAUUAUUUAAAAGAGCUAUAGUUCAGAGCGGGUCGUCGUUAUCUAAUUGGGCGAUAAACAGAAAACCGGAACUUGUUGCUAGUCAUAUUGUUAAAUCUUUUGGAUACAACACUGAAGAUCCGAAAGAAUUAUACGAAAUAUUUUCUAAAAUGAGUUACAAAGAAAUAACAUCGAUUAAUGCAAAAAAGCCACUAGAUUUAUUUUUUAAAACACAAAUUCUUCUUUUGCCAUGUGUUGAAUCUAAAAUCCCAGGAAUAGAACCGAUCUUAACCGAUUUACCUUACAACAUUAUUUCUCAAAAGCCUAAGAAUGUUGAUGUAGUAUACGGAAUAACAAGUAACGAAGGCUUAAUAGUAAUAGCUGAAGAAAAUGAAAAGUCAAUACGGGAGAGGAAUGUACGUUAUUUGUUGGGUUCUGAUCUUAAUUUUCCAACAGAAAAUGAAGCUAGAGAAAUAGCAAAUAAAAUACAUGAAUUUUACUUUGGUAAAGACGAAAUAUCAUUGGAAAAAUUUGUGAAUAUAACAAAUUUGUAUUCACACUUAUAUUUUGAGAUGCCAGCAAUUUUCGAAGCGCAACAAUUUGUUAAAAAUGGUAAAUCUAAAGUCUAUACCUACGUUUUCGAUUAUUCUGGUAGCAGAAAUGUUUUGAAAUUUCAUAGUACUUAUUGGAACGAAAAUGGGGCGAGUCAUGGCGAUGAUUUAUUUUACAUAUUCAACGGGAACCUGUGCCCGUUUACACUCAAUAGCAGAGAUAAAAUAAUUAUAGACUACAUGACGAGUUUUUGGACAAACUUCGCCAAAUACGGAAAUCCCACACCCGAUGAGAGCAACUUGCCAAUCAAAUGGCAUCCAAAUACAAAAGAUAAUUUAAAUUUCUUAUACAUUAAUAGUAAAUUAAGAAUGGAUUCGAUGCCUAGUCCUGAGGCUUAUUGGUUAUGGAAAGAAAUAUAUGAUAAAUAUCGCAAUUUUGAAAUUUAAAAAGUAAAGAUAUUUUUCUAUAUUUUUCAAGUUAAGUUAUAAUGAUAUACUCAAUUGUGUGACAUAUAUGGUGUAUUUUGUGUAAAGUGAAUAUUACCUAUAACAUAUUUCAACUUAGAACAAAGAUAAAACAAAACAACGCGAAUCUCAAGAGAUACCUUUAAGUUUUCUCAUUACUUAGGCGCAACUUUGUUGAAAAUAAAUUAUAGUGUGGUGCAGAUACUUUAUCUGAUAAUAGAGACUAAGUAAGUAGAUAAAUAAAUAUUUAUAAUUGAAUGAAUGGAAUAUUAUGCGUAUAAUAAAUAUGUAUAUAAUUCUUAAUAUUUUUAGCAAACCACAUUAUCCACUUUUUGCCCUGAUAUAAUGUAACUUUUGCCCCGAGAUAUUUUAAUAAUUAACACAUCAGUUCGGAGUGAAUUUCUUUGUUGAUACUCAAGCCUUCUGCCAAUAUUCACUCGUAUUUUAUUGCAAAUAUACAAAUGCGAAUUUAAUUGUAUGUAAAUUAAAGUACAAUCCAACCCUGAGGGCUUUCUUUAAUUAUUUAAGCACACUAACGAUAUAUAUACAUAUAUAUACAGUCAGCGAUUGUGAUACUGUCCGUGUGAGAUACUCAUACAUGUUGUGACUAGGCAUUAUAAAGAGGAUUCCACAUGACACUGGAAUAUUCCAAACAGCUGCGCACUAAAGCAUUGAAUUAAAUUAUUUUGGUAACAUGAAAGAAUCCAUCUUACAAACUCUAUUUUUGUUC